GGGCCCAGUCCUAGUCGGAACCAAGUUCCGAAUGGAAUCUCUCUAAGUGCCGUCACAGGGGGAGGGCAGGAAGAAAGCAGAAGAAACGGGGCGCAUCACCGUUAACUUGUUGGGUUUUUGCGUGUGCCAUUUUUUUGUUCUGUUCUGUUCUGUUCUGUUCGGCUGGUUGCGUUUUCCUUCCUUUCCUUCGUUCCGGUGUGUUGUCUGUCUGUGACAGAACAGGGGCCCCUGGAAUGGAAUGACGCGCUGGAUCGUACACUAGUGUAACCCGAGACAGCCCGGAGUGCAGAUAAGUGUUUGCCACGCCACAGAGAGAGUGAGAGAUAACCAUCAGCAGGCCGAAGUGAAAUAGACAAGAUUCAAUUAAUAGGUCCGACGAGAACGAAAACGAAACUGCGAACAUUGCGCGAGCAUCCCAGGUAUCCAGGUUGCCCAUUGUUCCGUCAACGAACCCGCGCGAUGUGUUACAGCAACGGUGGAUCUAGUGCAAAAAACCCGUCGAACGUCAAGUGAAGCCUUUUCGCAGGACAGGCCAGACUGUACAGACAGACCGACAGACGGACAGGUUGUGACGGUUUACACAGCAACGACGCCACAACGCAAAACGGUCCCUGAAGCGCGCUUUCCGUCAGGCCCGGCUAAACGAUAUGCGCUGCGAGGGAAACGAUGGCUAUCACCGAUCGGCGGCAGCAGCAGCAGCAGCAUCAUUGCAUCCAUCGGGCUGAGCAGUGCUCGGGCAGUUCGCGUCCGUCCGGGAACGAGCGACAGCAGUCGACGGGUAUCAGUGCUUCGACGACGACGACAUCGACGAGGCAGCAGUAGCAGCAACAGCCCUGCUGUCAGUCAGUCAGUCAGCCAGUCCGUGAUCGGUGUGAUAGUGUGCAGGUCCUGCAGGCCAGUGUUUUCGGUGAGUGGUAAUUAGUGAGCGAGCCUGUGAGACACUGCCGACGGUGCGCGAGAGUGCGAGAAGAGUGAGCCCCUGUGUAAGUGAGUGAGCAAAAGCAAAGUGAGCGAGCCCGAGUGAGAACGGUUACACAUACUGGAGGAAAACCCCGGGAAAUGGUGACUGGCGACCACUGGCCGGAACGGAAAGCAAUCGUCGUUCUUCCUAAGCAGCAGUGUGUGACACGAGUGUGACGAGGUGCAGGCAAUAAUACUAGCGAGUGAGUGGUGUGAGAGCGCAGAACGGGGAAUAAAGGCUCCACAAUGGUGUCAGUGCUUUGGCCGCUGCCAGGGCAACACAACGUUACGCGGUGCCGAGUGAGCGUGCGGCACUACGGGCGCGUGCAGUAAAUAGUGCCACCCAGGGGGACCACCGACAAGGGUUAAGUGAAAGCUCGCCGAAUGGUGCCGAAAAAGAAACAGCAGCAGAAGCAGCAGCAGAAGCAGCACCACCAGUGGGCCCAGUGCACUAAUGAGGACGACGAUUCCCGCGAGGACGGUUCGAACCGUUUUACUACUGCAACGACGCUCGGCUACGGUGCAAAAGCAUGGGGUGACGCUUCGCUCUAACCGUAUCGAACUAUUGUUAUUAUUGGUGCGUUGAUGUCGUUACGGACAUUUUGUUCUGUUUUCUCUAUACGUUUUCGUGCGGUGCGGUGUUUGGGCAGAGAGCAGCGUAGUGGUGACACACGCACGCAGUGUGUGUGAGUGUGUGUGUGCACGUGUGUGUAGGCUUCGGUGUGUUGUGCUUUUCGGUGUGUAGUGUGUCGUCCCCGGCAGAGGAAGGAUGUGCUGUGUCGUCAGCGUACAGUAGCAGUAGCUCCGUGGUGUUGAUUUCUCCUCUCGUCCACAGUGGUGGAGAGUGUUGUGCUUCUCAGCACACACACACAAUCCCAGUAAUCAUAUCGACAGAGCAACACAACGGUCAGUGGUAUCGGCAGCCCUGUGCGUAACGCUGCACGUAACGCUAGCUCGUAACGCUGCGGAUCUAGUACAAUUGGUACGACUUAGUAGUGUGUGGUAGAUGGUUCGCGUGCAGAAAUAGCAACCGUUUGUUUAUUUCUAUAGCAAUAUUACAACGCAUCCAUUGGCCAAUGAUUGGCCGCACUGUAACGGGCAAGUGCUGCGGGUGUAUUGGUGUCGAGCAAUCGAGCAAUCGAACGGACGACGAGCACGUCGAGUGUAUAUUGCCAUAGUGAUCUUCGACCUGCUCGAUAAGCGAAUGCCAUCACUCCAGAUCGCCACCAGGCCACCAGGGCUUAAUUAACGUGUACUAAAAAUAUACCCUCACACACAACUACCCAUACAUACAUACAUACAAAAACAGCAGGCCCGAAUCUUCCUUCCCGGAUCAGUUCGGUUCAGUGUGAGUGACCCCAAUAGAAUCCCCAAACUCCCAGCGGUUAUUAACUCUCGAGCAGAGGAAAGCAGGGGAUCAGUGGGUAUAUAUAUAUAUACACGAGGUGAGGUCUGCUCUCUCCCCCCGCCCUUUCGAGUCGGCCGAACAGGAAAAAAAACUCAAACUCACUCAAAUCGCUUUUCGAGCGGAACGAAUAGC